UGAUGUUAACGAAGUUAUUCGAUAAACGACCACUUUCCCCACUUUCCCAUUCCGGCGGGGAAAUUAGCGGCCAAAUCUUUCACUUCCGCGACGCUGGCACUCGCCUCCUCUGCGGUCCCAUUUUCCUGCUAUACCUCCGGACGAAGCUUCGUUUCCCAUUUUCUCCUUCGACUCGCUAGAACUUCUUCUUACGGUGCAAUCAUAUCCAAUCAGUUUAAGUCAAGAUGAUUGAAACUUUUAAAUGCUUCAUCGGCUGCUUGUGAUGGGCUUGCCUAACAGACAGAAAAAAAUAGAUUGGCAUCCUCAGUUACUGUCAAUUCUCCUUCAACAUCUUCUGUUGGGUUGAAGCUAACAGAGAAUAAAUCAAUUGGGUUUCUUCACAUGGGUACACUUUUUGUCGGAAGAAGUGACACUUCAUUUAUUCAAAGUGUUUAUGCUGUUAUUUUGAAGGGGAAUUGGCAUAAACUGUCGAAUGGCGCAAUCAGUUUCUUCCUUACCUCUUCCAAUAUAAACCAAAUUAUUCUUCUACUAUCAAAAGAUGCUUCCUUCUCAUGGAUUUUCUUCAGAUGGGCACAAUCUCUGCCACACUACCACCAUUCUCUCCAAUCCUUCUGGACCAUGCUUCUUGUCCUCACUAAGAACAGGCAAUUCAAAACCGCUAGAAAUCUUCUUGAAAAGUUUGCUUUCAAGGAAUUUCUCUCUUCUCCUGCUGUGCUGAGUUCAUUACUGUGUUAUUAUGAUGAUCCUAAGACAAAUUCACAAAUUUUAAACUGGCUCAUAAUCAUAUAUUCACAAUCAAAGAUGGCCGAGGACGCACUCCAAAUAUUUGACCAUAUGAAGAACGAAGGCCUCAAACUGGAUCCGCAUGCUUGCAAUGCUUUGUUGAGCAUGCUGGCAAAGUCGAGGCGAACGGCUACGGCUUGGAAGGUUUACCAUGAAAUGCUUACAGUAGGAGUCGUGCCAAAUAUUUACAUCUAUAACGUCAUGAUUCACGUUUGCUUUAAAUCUGGCGAUGUUGAGAAAGCGGAGAAGUUGGUGAGGGAGAUGGAUUAUAAGGGUGUCAUUCCGGAUUUAUUCACGUAUAAUACGCUUAUUUCACUUUUCUGUAGGAGGGGGAUGCAUUACGAGGCUUUGGCUGUUCAGGAUAGAAUGGGAAAGGAAGGUGUCAGUCCAGAUAUCAUGACUUAUAAUGCUCUCAUCCAUGGAUUUUGCAGAGAAGGGAGAAUGAGAGAGGCGCUCAGGCUUUUCAAAGAAAUUAAAGGUGCUAUUCCUAACCAGGUGACUUAUACAACUCUCAUCGUCGGAUUUUGUAGAGUUAAUGAGCUUGAUGAGGCACUUAAAUUACGCGAAGAAAUGGAAACGAGAGGAUUACGACCGGGUGUUCAGACGUACAAUGCUGUCAUUCGAAAGCUCUGUGAGGAGGGGAAGAUGAAGGCUGUUAAUAAACUAUUGAAUGAGAUGGAAGAGAGAAAUAUCGAAGCUGAUAAUAUUACGUGCAAUACAUUAAUCAAUGCAUAUUGCAAGAGAGGCAACAUGGAUUUUGCAUGGAAAUUUAGGAACAAGAUGCUGGAAAAAGGAUUGGUUCUUGAUCAUUUUACUUAUAAGUCUCUCAUUCAUGGAUUUAGCAAAGUCGGGGAAUUAGAUAAUGCGAAAGAAGUCCUUUUUGAAAUGCUAAAUGCAGGAAUCUCCCCUAAUUAUAGCACAUUCUCAUGGCUUGUUGAUGGUUACUGCAAUCAAAAUAACCUCGAGGAAGUGCUCAGCAUACCUGAUGAUAUAGUGAAAAGAGGGUUUUUUGCUGAUAAGUCCAUAUACAGAUCAUUAAUUCGACGACUCUGUAAACGAGGUUUGGUAGAUUACGCUCAAAAGAUUUAUGCAAAUAUGCAAGUUAAAUUCCUGGAGAGUAUCGUAUACACUUUUCUUUCGUAUUCAUACCUGAGUGCCGGAAAGCCAAUAGUAGCCUCCGAAAUUCUGAAUAAUAUGCUGAAGAACAAGCUCAUGAUAACAUCAAAGAUUUAUAAAUGCAUUUGUGCUUCUUAUGCUGAUAGAAGUGACAUGCUAGCAUUGUUCUGGCAACUGGCCAUUGAAAAGGGCUUAAUUGCAAAAAAUGUUUACAAGUUGAUGCAAGAAGAUAGGCCGGGCUCAAUUAGCAAUUAGUCUUUUUCUUUCUUUUUUUUUCAUUGUUUUGUGUAUAGUGAAUAUAUAAAUCAUGUUGCCUUCAAAACCACAUUUGAGCCACAAUAGCGCAAGUAUUGUUUCUAACCAUCAUUCCACUAGAUGUGAUAGAUGAUAAAUGGGCUAUUAAAGUCCCUGGGCAUGUGCUGGUAAAGCAUUGAUGGCAGCUUGAAUUAAACCAAUUAUAUUGGGGCAUUUACAUGCA